GUCAAGAGUAGCUAUUUUCCUCCUCGCUGCAUGGUUCACAUGUAAUAAGAGCAUUGGGAAAAUGAGUGUAUUAAGGGGACUCAUUAUCAAAAGAUGGUCAUCUGAUGUUCGCCUAGAUGGAAAAACUGCUAUAGUGACUGGAGCAAACACUGGGAUUGGGAAAGAAACAGCGAAGGACCUUGCAAAUCGGGGUGCUCGAGUGAUCCUCGCCUGCAGAGACCUGGUCAAGGCUGAACAGGCGGCCAGUGACAUCAGCAGAGACGUAGAGAACGCCAAUGUGGUCGUUCGCAAACUAGACCUGGCUGACACGAAAUCCAUCUGUGAAUUUGCUGAACUCAUUUAUAACACUGAAAAGUCUCUUCAUCUGCUGAUUAAUAAUGCUGGAGUGGCAAUCUGCCCUUACUCUACAACAGUAGACGGCUUUGAGACACAGUUCGGAGUCAAUCAUUUAGGACAUUUCUUUCUAACAUUCCUGCUUAUUGAUCUGUUGAAGCAUUCAGCUCCUUCCAGAGUGAUUAAUGUCUCCUCACUUGUUCAUCCCAUGGGAAAGAUCCACUUUGAGGACCUGAACAGUGAGAAAAACUAUCAUCCAGUGAAGGCCUACGUACAGAGCAAACUGGCCAACAUACUUUUCACAAGAGAGCUUGCCUCCAGAGUGGAAGAGCUGGGAGUGAGGGUUUAUGCUGUGGAUCCAGGCCUGGUGAAUACAGAUAUCACCAGACAUUUGAUGAAGCCUGUGCAGUUCUUCGUGAAGACAUUCGGUUUCAUGAUAAAAACCCCUGCUGAGGGUGCAUAUACCACGCUUUACUGUGCUCUUACUCCAGAUUUACCAACUGGAUCCUACUACAGUAACUGUGCGGUGGCCUCGUGCUCAAGGGCUGCUAAGGACGACAACUCCGCCAGCAAACUGUGGGCUGUCAGCUGCCACCUGCUGGGCAUUCGCUGGAGAUGAGCUCCUACUGGCACUGCACAGCAGCCUUAUUUCAUGCUAAUGCCCUUUGUAAGAUGUAUAAUUACUCAGUUUCAGCAGCAGCCCCAGCUGAGCUCUAUCUGUAUUCCUGUCUUAUGCUAAUUUAGAAUCAUUUCUGGACUGUUAUUGGUCAGUCA